UAUAUAGGUGUAUCCUGGAUGGAAAGCAUCAACAAGCUAUCGGAAUGGCAAUUGAAUGCAAACGAUUGGAUAAGCUUGAGGAAGCAAUUAUGAGGAGUGAUAAUAUUCAUGCAACCCUAUCAUAUUGCAUUAACAUCUCUCAUUCCUUUGUUAAUCUGAGAGAAUAUCGCCAUGAGCUGCCACAAGCAAAACGUGGAACUCCCUUUUACAUGGCUUCUGAGUUGUUUCAGGAUGGAGGCGUCCAUUCUUAUGCAUCUGAUUUGUGGGCCCUUGGUUGUGUGCUAUAUGAGUGCUAUGCUGGGAACCCACCAUUCAUAGGAAAAGAGUGCUAUGCAUCGAUCUCAUGCCAGUGGAGACAUGAAUUAGAGAAAAUUUUCUAUACAAGGCCACCACGGUUAUAGCUGCAGCUGAUCAAAUUGUCUUUCAUAUUCUAGGUGUCAUUGAAGCGUUUUUUGGCAUGGAGACCCACAAUUUGGCAGUGCAAUGGCCGGACAGGGGGUGACAGUUAGGCAA